CAGAAUCAGCACCCUGUUUUCGUUUCCCACAAGUAACAAUAACAUAAUACAAAUAAAUAAAUCAUUAAAAAUAAAUAACACGUGUAUAUAUAAUAUAUGGCCGUUUGUGUUGCAUUGCGUCUAUAAGCAAAGUGAAGUAGAGAGAGAGAGUAAUUGGUAAAAAUUCUGUUAUGGCAACGAGCAAAGAUGAAUCAUCAGAGAAAGCACAACCACAACCACAACCACAACCAGUGAUGGUUGUUGCAAUCGACGAGAGCGAUCACAGUGCUUACGCUCUCAAAUGGACUCUUGAUCAUUUCUUCACCGCCGGCAACAAUUCUGUUUUCAAGCUUGUUCUUGUUCAUGCUAGACCUUCCGCUACUUCUUCUGUUGGUCUCGCUGGUCCUGUGUACACAGGAGCUGCUGAGGUUUUACCAAUUGUGGAUUCUGAUUUGAGAAAAAUUGCUGCUAGAGUUGCUGAUAGUGCUAAACAACUUUGCAUUAAGAAAUCGGUAAAUAAUGUAAUAGUGGAGGUUGUGGAAGGUGAUCCUAGAAAUGUCCUUUGUGAUACAGUCGACAAGUACCAUGCUUCAAUCUUGGUUGUCGGAAGUCACGGUUAUGGGGCUAUAAAAAGGGCAGUUUUAGGUAGUGUGAGUGACUAUUGUGCUCAUCAUGCUCAUUGCAGUGUGAUGAUUGUGAAGAAGCCAAAAACCAAGCACUGAUCUAUAUUGGCAUAUCCUACAAAAAUAAAUAUAUACUUUCAGCAAAAGCAAAAUAGUAAUGUUCUCAGAAAGUUUGUGACUUAGUUUAUCCUAUGGCAUUUGGCUUUGCAGUUUAUGAUAGAAAGUAUGUAAGUGUUGGAUUGUUGUUGCCCCCUUACCCGGGGCCUUAUUUUAUUUUGUAUAUGAAAAUUUCUUAGAUUAAUGUGUAUCUAAAAACUGUCCCCCCCGCAAACUGACUGUUGUUUGCCUUGAUAAAUUGAAUGAAUGAAAAAUAUAAUACUCCCCGAGUCUUAA